UCGAAAAGCAAACGACGUCGUAUCCCAAGCAUUGUAGCUUUUCUUGCUGCUCAAUCCAUCUUACAUUCUUCAAGAACACUUUCAUUCUUCUAUAGUCUUCACCAUUGGAAAAUCAACCAGCAAUCUUUCUCUGAAUCCUUGUUUUUGUACGUGAAGCAGAUAUGGCAACAACGGAGCAACCCAAACCAGCAACUGAAGAAGCGAAAAUCGAUUUGUUCGAAGAUGAUGACGAAUUUGAAGAGUUUGAAAUCGGUCAAGAGUGGGAUGUCAAGGAAGAAGGGAAAGAAGUAACCCAACAGUGGGAAGACGAUUGGGAUGACGAUGAUGUAAAUGACGAUUUCUCUCUGCAGCUGAGGAGAGAACUCGAAGACAACACUGAGAAAAAGUGAAUCAAAUCUCCAAGUCUAGCAAUGCUUUCAUAUAUGUAAGCUCAUACUAUAUCUUGAAUCAAUGAAUGACUAGUUACUUUCAACUUAUUUUCAUGUUUUUAAUA